GCGCUGCAGAGAGCUAAGAGAUGUACAUUAUUGGAAUACUGCGCGAAUAUGAGUUACAUUUUAUAUUGCAGAGAGGGAAAAAGACAAUCUGCGCGGAAAGAACGAGCAAAAUAGCAGAGGAUAAAAAGGCCUGAGCCGCUGAGCAGUUGUUUGUUGUGCGCGUUUAGUGUUGGGCUGCGGCGGGCUUUCAAAAGAAAUCUCUUCGGCUGCUUCAACUCCUUCCGUUCGUCUCGCUCACCGCUUUUCAUCUCUCUAUCGUCUUCACAUCCGAACCACCUCUACAGUCGAAAUGGAUAUGUCAGGAAUGGAUAUGGGCACUAGCUCAAGUAUGGACAUGGACAUGGACUCCACCACCAGCAUGGUCAUGGCCGCGUCUACCACAGUGUCGAGCCUGCUAUCGUCAACCACCUCCAUGGUCAUGUCGGCCACUUCCUCGGCUGUCUCUUCUCUGACGUCGACAGCGAUGGCGAUGACUACCUCCAGCUCGAUGGACAUGGACAUGGACAUGUCUUCGACCUCAACAACAAUGGACAUGGAUAUGUCGACCACCACAUCCUCAAUGGACAUGUCCAGUACGAGCAGCUCAAUGGACAUGACCAGCAUGUCCUUCCACGCCAACAGCCAGGACUUCCUUCUCGCUACUGGCUGGACUCCGUCUAACCGCGGCCAGUACGUUGGAGCUUGCAUCUUCCUCAUCGUGCUCGCAGUCAUCUACAGAGCAACCCACGUCAUCAAGCACCGUACCGAGCGCUACCUCGUCGCUCGGGCGCGCGUGAACGCAGUGCCAGCUGCAAGCCCGCCAGAGGACUCGGAUCUCGAAAAAUACGUCGCAGCAAGUGGAGCUUCAACUUCUGCAGAGCAGCGUCGCCAAGUCCCAAGACCGUUCGACUUUACACACGCGCGGCCGUGGAGAGUCUCGAUCGACGUCCCGCUUUCAGUCAUUCAGUUCUUCCUUUCCGCUAUCUCAUAUCUCCUCAUGCUUGCUGCCAUGUCCUUCAACCUUGGCUACUUUUUCUCGAUUCUCGGUGGAAUCCUUCUUGGAGAACUGCUAUUGGGACGUUUUGCGUCUAGUUUUGAGGCCCAUUAGUGGAUGAUGCAGUAUUGGUUUUUUGAUUUUGCUAUGGUUCUAGACUUGGGUUUUCGUUCGUUUUGUUAAAAUACAUCAUUUCGUCAUUGCUGGUGCUUUCAGUAGUUUUUGCGACUCUUUUAGAUUGAAUAUCUCUCGACCAACACCUAUCUGAUCCCCGCAUCUGAUCUCGACUCAAUCGCUAUCGACCCAGUCCGUUCUCACUUCCGGCGGAGACUUGCUCGCGCAGGGUCUUUUAGAGUUUGGAAAUUUGCUCGUUUUUUGCUCAUUCCGUGGCGGUGCUGUAAGCCGCACGGUGGCUUGAUACUUCCUAAACGGGACCGGCGUAUUCCUGACAGCCUCGCAUGCGGUCUGUUGUGGUGGACGAAGGCUCGAGGAAGACGGAAAUUACCCGAAAAAGAUCGUAGAAAGAGAUAAAGGAAAACGGGCAGGAAAAAGAGCAAAUAUGCG